AUGAAGGAUUGUUCAUCAAGUGUUGCUCCUAUUGUUAAGGGUGAUAAAUUAAAUUUGAGCCAGAGAUCGAAGAACGAUUUUGAAAUGGAAGAAAUGAAGAAAAUCCCCUAUGGUUCUGCUAUUGGAAGCUUAAUAAUGUUAGGAAGAUACCAGAGUAACACAGGAUUAGACCAAUGGAGAGAUGCGAAGAAAAUGAUGAGGUACCUCCAAUGUACUAAGGAUUACAAAUUGAUGUUCAGACGAAACGACAAUAUGGAAGUAGUUGGCUACUCAGAUUCAGACUUUGCUGGUUGUGUUGACUCACAUAAAUCAACCUCUGGUUACGUGUUUUUGUUUGCCAGUGGAGCUAUGUCAUGGAGAAGUACCAAACAAACAUUGACCACUACUUUUACUAUGGAGGCCGACUGCUGUAUUCAUGGCUAA